GCCUCUGGCUGUGUCUUUUCGCGAGCGGAGGGGGCGGGGGCCUGGGCGCCUUCUGACGUCAUCGGGACGCGCCGCCGGCAGACAUGGCGCUCUUCGCGGUUCGCAGGUACGUUAGUGAUGAAGAGGAUAAUCCAGAAUGUAAGUCCCAGUUGCUCUUACAUCGGCUGCAGGAGCAAGCAAAGACUCAACAGCUGCAAAAACAGGAGCAGAACUGGCCCACUUCUGGGCAACAAAAGAGAUUGGUGCCUGGAACCCUUGAAGAAGAAACCAACGAGGAAUUAAAGCAAACAAGCAAAAAGAAGAAAGUAAGUCAGGAAUCUCUUUCAGACCAAAGUCACAGAGAAAAGGACCCAAGACAACAUACUUGUGGGGCAGAAAGUUUGCCCGAGAAAGGAAAUGACUCAAGCAAAAGUAAGAAGAAUGGUGGGAAUUCCAGAACACCUGAAAGAAAGACAGAAGCAGUUCAAGUUGAAAGUGUGUUGGAGAAUCAUCCGGAAAGUAGAGCUACCCCAGCAGAAGAAUAUAUGGAAGGUUUUGGAGACAAAGAGAGCCAAGCAAGAGAAGAUCAGAUGAUGCUGACACCGAAUCCAAGAACAGCUUCUAGCCUGAUUGUCCUUGGUCCUUGUGAUCAAAGGAAUCUGCACAAGGUGCAACCUUUUGUGCUACGGUGGUUCAGUCAGCCACAGCAGUUCCAGAGGCAGAUCAGAGAGAACCUUGUCCCUCUCCAGAAUGUUCCAGUCAUUCACCCUAAGCUGAGGAAGAAGCUGCAAGCCAAUGGAAUAGCAUCUCUCUUUCCAGUUCAGGCUGAGGUGAUUCCAGCCAUCUUGGAUUGUGGGCCCAAUGGGGCUUUAGUUGGCAGGGGUGGCUACCCCCCAAGCGACAUCUGUGUUUCAGCCCCCACUGGCAGUGGCAAGACAUUGGCCUUCAUCAUUCCAGUGGUGCAGGCCCUGUUGGACCGCGUUGUCUGCCAUGUACGGGCUCUGGCAGUCUUGCCCACCAAAGAGCUGGCUCAACAGGUGGCUAAAAUAUUCAACAUUUACACUGAUGGGACUGGGCUGAAAGUUGUCCAGCUUACCGGACAGAAAUCUUUUGUGAAAGAACAAGAGUCCCUUGUUGAGACAACGCUGAUGGGAUUUCGUAGUCUGGCAGACAUUGUUGUAGCCACCCCAGGACGCCUGGUGGACCAUCUCCAGCAAAGUCCCCAGUUCAGCUUGCAAGAGCUUCGUUUCCUGAUCAUUGACGAAGCAGAUCGCAUGAUUGACAAUAUGCAUCAGGAUUGGCUGCAGCAAGUAGUAGAGGCUGUGCAUCGGGCUGAAGGGGGCUCUGGUCCCGGCAGGCUGUUCAGAAGGAUGCAGCCAAAUCCCUCCACAGCAGCCAGGGCUUGCUGCCCCCAGCUCCCUCUGCAGAGGCUCCUCUUCUCAGCCACUCUGACGCAGAACCCCGAGAAGCUGCAAUGGUUGGGUCUCUACCAGCCUUGCCUCUUCACGCCAGCUCAGUCUGGGAAAGGGAGCAAUGUGCUUGGCUCUCAGCCACGUGUCAGCGAAAAGUACAUUCUCCCCGAGGGACUCUCACAAUAUUAUGUCCCGUGCAGCCUGAAUUGGAAACCGUUGUUCCUCCUGCAUUUCCUGGUGAGGCUGAAAUUCUCCCAAGUGCUGUGCUUCACCAAUAGUAAAGAAACUUCGCACAGACUCUUCCUGCUAAUUCAGGCCUUUGGUGGAGUGAAGGUAGCUGAGUUUUCUUCAAAGCUGAGCUCGAGCAAAAGGAAGAUGACCCUGAAGGAGUUUGAGCAAGGCAAGAUCCAGCUUUUAAUCAGCACAGAUGCCACGGCUCGAGGAAUUGAUUUUGGUGGUGUGAAAUGUGUCAUUAGCUACGAUGCCCCUCAGUUCAUCAGAACCUACAUUCACCGGGUGGGCAGAACAGCUCGUGCUGGGAAGGCAGGCCUGGCUUUUAGCCUGCUCCUCAAACAACAGGAGUAUAGGUUCCUAAAGAUGCUGAAGGAUGCAGGCCUUCCAGAGUUGCAGCCACAGCUGGUCAAGAGCACCUCCAUUCAGCCUCUCCUCCAGCAGUAUGAAGCAGCCCUGGCCGAACUUGCACAGACUAUCAAGGAGGAGCAGGUUGGAAAGCGAUCUUAAGGCAGUCUGCCCCCAAGAUGCUGCGAACCAGCAGAACUGGAAUUUGGCCCCACACUCUUGAGGACACAAUGCCUGGAAGCAGAUAUUCAUGAAGAGCAACUUGAGGGCCAAAGAAUGAAUGAAGGGACACAGCCUGUUCUCACUGCGAAGCAGGAAGAAUAAUUCUCAACUCUUAAAAAACAGAUUAAUAAAAGCCUUUCUGGGCAGAAGACUUCAGCCUUUGCCAGCGCAGUGCCACUUUCAUGAGCAACCCCACACUUGCACAAAUUAGUAUUUGAAAUGGCUGAAUCUCCAAAAUGUGGCAAACUAGUUGUGUCUAAGAUGUCCUUGUUGAUGAAAUAACAGUUAUGCUAAUUUUUAAUAUCCAGUCUGUUUCUAGCUAUGUCUCAAUUACAAAAAUUACAC